AUGGGGAAACGUAUACAAGGAAAACAUAUUAAACAUAGUGCAAAUUUGAAACCAUUAACAGAGACUCAAGCCUCUUCGAUAUUUUUAAUUAAAUCAAGAACUCCAUAUAUUUCAUCACUUAAAAAAAUUACUAAAACACUAGAUAAAUUCAAUAAAACUAAAAGUAAUGUUAAGAAAUAUCAAAAUGAACAAUUUAAGAAUGUUAAAUAUAUAACUGUUAAAGGAAUGAACAAAACAAUUGAAAAAGUCUUAAGUUUAGCCCUUCAUUUUCAAGAUAAAAAUUAUAAAGUUGAUAUAUUGACUGGAUCAGUAGAAGUAUUGGAUGAAUUCAUCCUCCCCGAUGCUACAUCAAAUGAUAACUCAGAGGGAGAAGAGGAAGAAGACGAUGAUGAUGAUGACGACGAAAAUAAUGAACGAAUAUACAAGAAAAGAAUGGUAAGUUCUAUAGAGGCUAGAAUAUGGAUUAAACGAACCUAA